UUUGGGGUUGAUUUUCGAACUCAAACAUCAUCUGAGUUAAGUUUUAAGAAUAGUUAUAAUGGGUGAAGAAGAACAAGCUUCACUUGAUGGACAAUUUUUUGAAUUUGCGAAGAUGAUGGACAAGAAAAGAGAUGGAACUACAAUCACUCUGUAUAAUUCAGAUUUCUGGAUGAGGCAGUGCAAGCUCUUAGACGAUAGGAAAAUAACGAUGACCGAUACUGGGAUAUUGUUUAAUAAAUUCAGUAAGUCCGAACUGAAUUGGGAUGAAUGGAAUGAAUUCCUCACAGAAUUGUGUGAAAUGAAAGACCUGGACGAAGAGAAAGUUCGAGACACACUAACUAACUGUGGUCUUCCGGGACAGUCGCCUGUUGUUAUUCCGCAAUACAGGGAUUUCUUUUUGACCUACAAGCCUAAAGAAAAGACGCCGUUCUAA